CCGGCCCAAUACGCAAAAUCUGAUGAUAAAACCCACAAAGCAUACGCGGAGUUAUUGUUUCACUUCCUUCAUACUUUCUUGUUUAGAUCGAAACAUGAAGUUCCUUUGGUAGAAACCUUGGUUAUUGGUUUUUACUUGUAAUUUCUCCUGGCCUGUUGACAAAGAAUGAAGAACGUUUCCAGAAAUAAAUUUCUGCUUUGUUUUAGGCCCGUCGUUGACAUGGACUUGGUGCUUGAGAGUGAAGGUGGUAUUGAUCGCUCCCGAAAAAACCAAACUUUAAAGUAUAUCGCGGCUGAAAACAACUAUUCGGCUUCAGAAGAUAAUCAGUCCUCAAAAAGUGCUAAGAAUUCCAUGGUGAUUCGUCAUCCUUCACAGCGAACCUUUUCAAAAGUGAUCAAGGCUGUUCUGUUUGAGACCAUAUUGGCUAAGAGAGUUCAUGAUGGAAAAAAUUUGAGCCAGGACUCAUUCAAGUCAUCAUCAGGUCGUAGUUUUUCGAGGCAAAGGUCAGGAGAUGAUAAGUCAGUGAAUCGUGCUAAUUCAGUUGAUACUCUUAAUUUUCAAGAAAUCAAAACCAAUCAAGUAUUGUUUUCUCAAUUAUCAAUCGGGUCAUCAUCAUCGUCUUGUUCAACAAGUACUUCACUAUCAGAACCAAAGAGACAAAACCAGAACAGUAACAACAACAGUCUGGUGAAGCGAAGAAAAAAGGACUACAUGGGUAGUUCCUCGAGUUUAAACUAUGCCAUAAUCUUGUUGCUACUAAGUCUCAGUUUUACAAUUUUAUGGGGCCGGCUUUGUGCAAUACUUUUCACAUCAAUCUGGCUUUAUUUUGUUCCUCGGCAAAGUGGUUCAAGGCCCGGUGAUGCCGAAGUUAGAAAGUUGAGCAAAAGAGGUGUGUCUAGAGAUUACAGGAAGAGGAUCAUAAUGGAAGGGCUGCUAGAGAGGAACCACCAAAGGGAGGGUGCAUUAAAUUUUUGACGUGAAAAUUCUCUUUUUCGUGUUUGAUGCAAACUUUUCAGAACUUAUUCUCUGGCUGUAAAUUAAUUAAAAGUUAUAUCAGAGUACACAAAAGGAACCAAACAAACACGAGCUUCUUGUGUUCUCUGCUGCUUCCUUUUAGCAUUUUUGGAGUAGAGAGAAAUUAAGAAGCUUUCUCUCUCUUUUGUAUUAUUAUAAUUUUCCAAUUGGUUUUAUUUGAAGGAUCAAAAACAGUAACUAAUGAAAU